AUGUGGAAAUUAACAGUAUUAUCUACGAUUGUAAUUAUAAUUACUGCUCAGAAGGCAACAUAUGAUAAUUAUAAAAUCUUUAGGAUUACUCCAACCACGCAGAAACAUAUCACACUACUUCGCAAAUUAACACAAUUUCGUGAUAGAUUUAUAUUUUGGGAAACACCAGUGGUAAACAUGACAUUAAAUCUUAUGAUAGUCCCAAACUAUCUGCCGCAAUUUUACGAAGUGAUAACUCAAAUCGGUGUACCCUAUUAUGUUAACAUUGAAAAUGUCCAAACGCUAAUUGACCAAACAAUGCCUCGUUAUAAAUCAACGUUUGAUUUUAAGAGCUACCACAGUCUUGAAAUAAUCUACAAUAACAUGGAUGACUUGGCCCAACGGUAUCCUAACAAAGUGAAGGUUAUUGUAGGCGGCAAGACGUACGAGAAACGUCAGAUCAAAGGUGUCCAAGUUUCUUUUAAGGCCAACAAUCCUGGAAUUUUCCUUGAGGGUGGCAUUCACGCCAGGGAAUGGAUAUCGCCGGCGACUGUCAUGUACAUUCUGCAUCAGUUACUGACCAGCAAUAACUCGGACAUCAGAAAUCUGGCUGAUAGCCAUGAUUGGUACAUAUUCCCUUUGUUCAAUCCUGAUGGAUAUGUGUAUACGCACAAGACGGAUCGUUUAUGGAGAAAGAAUCGUAAACCGCAAAAUCGUUUUUGCGUUGGUACAGAUCUCAAUAGGAAUUGGAACUACAAAUGGAAUACUAUUGGUGCCAGCAAAAAUCCGUGCUUCAAUUCUUAUCCUGGAAAUAAACCUUUCUCUGAAAUAGAAACAAAGAGUAUGUCGGAAUAUAUUCAAUCUAUUUCUAAUAAAUUUUAUGCGUAUAUCUCAUUUCAUAAUUUUAAUCAACUUUUAAUGUUCCCUUAUGGUCAUACAAAAGCUCACCUCGACAAUUAUGAUGAAUUGUAUGCCAUUGGUUUAAAAGCAAUUGCAGCUCUUAAAAAAAAAUACGGCACCGAGUAUCGAAUUGGAAAUAUUGCUGAGACAAUUUAUUUGACCUCCGGAACUACUAUAGAUUACAUCAAAGGUACUUAUAAUAAGCAUAUCGUUUAUGUGUACGAGUUGCGCGAUCGCGGUCAUUACGGUUUCUUGUUACCUCCUGAUCAAAUUAUUCCAACUGGAAUAGAGACUCUAGACUCUCUUGUAAUCAUAUUUAAGGAGAUAAUAAUGCAUAAAAAUGUAGAUAUCAGAAAUGAUUUGUAA